AUGCACCAACCAGAGGGCCGCAGGUACCAGCUCUUUCCCAAGGAUCGCCCGCAACGCCCAGCUGCAAAGGUCCUCGACCCUGAGCAGGCCUUCGCUCUCGCCAUGGGACAGAACGAAAAGACGGAGAAGCCAUGCAACACCAGCGGCUCGCUCCGCUUGCGCAUCAAGGAGCACAACCUUAUUAGACGGCGCAAAGUGAGCAUUCCCGAGCUGGGCCCAAUGACAACUGUCCAGGAAGUUCCCAUGGAUUCACCCACUAUCCCGGGACGGCCUCCUCUACAUGAGAGAUCUGCCAGCGCACCCGGUCACCACCUUAAGCAGCACAAGUCCAACAGCUCGUUCAAGUCCAUUGCUGCCGCCGACGCCAACAUGCCUGCCUACAUGACUCCCGCCUGCUCUCCGGAACGACACGAACGGUCUACCUCGGAGUCUCAGACACCCCGUCCGCUGGCCUCGCCGAAGCAACUGGCCCCUCUCGUCAUCCCUACUCACAUUGGUAAUGUGCCUAGUCUUACAAAGCAAAUGUCAAACAGCCGCAUGAGAUCUGGUAGCUCGGGCUACGACACCGCCCAGCUUUCUGCCCGAACCGACGACUCUCCCAGAUCACAAUCUCGAACCCCCUACACACCCUUGACAGCUUCUACCGCCCUGACGACACCUCUCUCCGCUUGUCACAGCAUCCAGUCUGCCACCACCCCCGCAUCAGCCCCCAUCAUGGAAGGAAGAGACUCCCCCAUGCGACGGGAGAACAACAGCACACCGACCGCUACGGCGUCCGGCUCGUACAACAGCGAUGCCUCUUCAGGGCCCGAGACAGGCCAUGUGCUCCGACCCUUCCCUAACACCCACAAGAGAGGACAGUCCGAGUCUGGCAGUAUCAUGGAUCGGGGACGCCCUAGGAAGCGGAGCGACGCGCGAAACAAUAACAGCCCGCUCAAGCGAAGUUCCUCAACCCGGAACAAGAGCGCUGAACGCCGGGCCUUUGAGGAGCUCCCGACCGGAUGGCGAGCUGACGAAGCAGCCAGCCACAUGGAGCAGGACGAACUGGCGGCGCUGCAAACGCAGGCUUUUGGCCAGGCGUCCAGGUUCGAGGUGCUCAGGAAGGAGGACGUCGAAGCCCUUUCAAAGGAACUUCGUCAGCUCGACGAACGGACCGAGUACCUUCGUCGCACGUACAACUCACUGCGAGCUGGUCGACGCAACCUGCACUCGCGCAUGUGCCAAUACCUCCGCUCUCCCCGGACGGCGAGGUUCAGCACGGACUCCAUGCUCAAGCAAGAAGAAGCUCUUGCUGAGCUUGACACGUCCAUUGAUGACUGGGUCAACAAGCUGGAACAGGCCGAGAACCGCCGGACACGGGUGCGCCAAAAGCUCCUGGAACACGUCGCUGCUGCAGCUAUCCUUUCUACUCCGGCGGCUGCCGCUGCGAGCGAGUCCUUGCAGCUUGCCAUGGGCCUGCGCUCGCCGAGUGUUGGCAACAUUUCCACUCCUCCUCGGAGCCCCGCCAAGACUGCCUUUUCUUCGCAAACUGUCAACAGCCCCCCCUCGCCGCAAAGGGUAGUCGCCCAGAUCCCCAGCACCAUCAUCGAGCAACCCCUGGUCGAGGAGACACCCAAGGCGCCUGUCAACACCAAGCACGAGACUACCCUCAGCCACCGUCGCACCGGCAUGGAAAGCAUCCGCAUCUAUGCCGACAGCGAUGUUUACGCCCUUUUGGCCGAUGUCGAGAACGAAAUCACCAAAAUGAGCGCAGAGGCAAACCUGGCCGAGAACACCGCUGCCCUCUCUGACGACGAGCGGAAGGAUAUUUACCGGGCGCGCAGCCACGAGGCUCUGAGCGGACUGUCCAUAGAUGUCAAGAGCACCGUCUCGUCUCCUGCCGCACCUUCACCCCCAGCCAAGGAUAGCCCGACGGACGGCGGAACCUUCUUCCUCACCAAUGCCGUGUUCCGCGGGUGA